GUUGAUGGCGGUGGUAUAAUUAAUUCAAAUCGAUCUCUCUUGCACGAGAAGCUUUAUUUUAUGCCGGCUUAUCGUUCGAGCGCAGAUGUUUUAAAAGUAGUGAUUGUGCUGGUGGUGACGGAAGUCUGCGCUUAUCGAAAUCCCUCAUAGCAAGCAGUUCGACUGCAGCUCUAUUUUUCCAUGUUGUGUGUACCCGGCAUGAAGCCUUAUUCCCAGUAAAAAAGUCAAGUGUCGGAAACAGAUUAGAAAUAUAUCUAAAGCAGGAAAAUUCUCUGCAUCAGACGGUCGGUGAACACUUUAGCAGAGGAGAGCUGAGAGAACAUUCGAGCGAAAAUGGUGCUGCCGUCGCUGCACGAAUUCGAGUGCGCCCGCCUCAUGACGAACGCGUUCCUCUCGGUGGUGCUGGUGGGCAAGUCGUUCCUCUCGUUGCCCCUGCUGCCUGUCUUCCUGCGCUACCUUGGGCUGACGGCCCUCGAGGCGGGACUCGUGAUCGCCGCCCAGGCCCUCGUGGAAAUGCUGCUGACACCCGUCUGGAUGCUGGCAGUGCGACGUUCCGGCCUCCGCCGAAGGGCGCUCAUCGUCCUCGGACUGGUGCUCGCUGCCGCCCUUCACGUGUGCCUCGUUUUUGUGCCUCCCUCGGGUGCGCCAAGGGACGUGACACACUGCAUGGGCAACUCUAACCUGACAGUUACGCCGCCAGUGAAUGGCAUUAUGGCCAGAGCGGCCACCGAGGCGGCCACCUCUUCUCGACCGCCGAUCAUGCUGAAGACCAGUCUGGGGAAAAGCUCGUCGGCCAGCACCACGUUGAAAACCACAACCGUACCAACGACGCCGCCAACCCUUCCACCUUUGAUUGUGACCACUACGUUGAUGGCUGUUUAUGACAACAACCAGCAAACUCUGUUUGAAGACGACUACGGAAUGGGUCAGCAAGGUUACCCUCAAGAAAUUGAAGAUCCGCAAGCGAAACGGCGGCCGCCGAUCUACGAGUACCAAAAUUCCCUAAACUACCCUGACUACAACAACGCGGACACAGACACGUGGCGUGGCCGCCGCCUGGCCUCGGUGAUGGCCGUCUCAGACCUACCUGACUCUCCGGUGUUCCGCGCGGCGUUCGUCCUCUGCUGCUUGGCGGCCGCUCUCACGUGCCUGGCCGAGCCGGCCGUGGCCGCUCUCUGGCGCCAGCGGCUCGACGACGCCGAACACCUCGAGAUGAGCGGUGAGCACGUGGCCUGGGGCCGACUGCUGUCGGCCGUCUGCCUCGCCACGCUGGCCGCCGUCAUGACCUGGGGCGCACCUUGCUUCGUCGCUAGGGGGCUGCAUCAAGCGGUGCUGCACCCAUUGGCGUCGGCAGGAUCGUACGGCGUGGCUGCAUUCCUCGCCUUGGUGCUGCUGCCACUGCCUCCUGGCAAACUCGCGGCCCCCAUUAAGCGCACCGCCCCCGCAGCCCCCCUGCGCCUGGUGGCCCGCGGCCUGGCCGCCGGUCUCGCAGGCCUGGCCUUUGGUGCGGGGGUGACUUUCAUGCUGUGGCACGUUGCUGAACUGGACGGCUUCCCUUUCAACUAUGAACUCAUCUUCGGCGGCUUUAUGGUGGCAGAGGGAAUCAUCGCCCUUCCUGUACUGGCCUGGGCCAGGGCAGCCCCAAAUCCUGUUGGUGCGUUGGUUGGCCUGCUGGUAUUGGCUCUAGAGUUCAGCCUGGCACCCCUGCUUAAGGGUCCAGCGCUAGCUCCGCUCUUGGGGGUCCUCCAGGGUGCCGGGGGAGCCCUUCUUGAGCGCUCUUUAGGUUCCAGCUACAAUUCCUCGUCGUGGCGAAUGGGUCUGGCUAUUGGAUCGGCGGCUGCUGGCGUUUGCUUCCACUUCAUAGGUGCAAGUCCGACCCUCUGGAGUGCGGCGGUGGCUGCAGUCGUGGCUGCACUCGCGGUCGUAAUUGCUGGCAGAACGCCACCAGUAAAGCACCACCGUCGCACGUACAACCAGCUGCUUCUCUCGGACACCCUGGAAGUGCUCAAACCGGAAAACUCUGACUCGGAGGAGGGAGAGACCGACUGGCUUGAGCGGGCCCUGCGCGAAGAAGGGCCCAACGGAGCCCCUGUCAGCUGAGUGGUGCGGACAGUGCGCGAGGACGCUUAUUGAGAAGAGCAAAAAUGAAAAUGGUCACAUAUAAAAAUGUAUAAAGAGAAUGAAUGCUGUGAAGAGAGAAGAAACUGAAAUCCAAGUGGAGCAGUUGACGAUGUAAUCAUGUUAAUGAAUAUUUUUAUGAGUUCGCGCGCAAGUUGCUAAGUUUUUGCUUGUGUGUUGCAGCCUUGAAAUUGUUGUUUUACAGAAAUAGCAAAACGGAUCAAAAACUGGUCCAUCUGAGGUUAUAUAAACAUAGUUAUUGCUGAGAUAUAUCGUACUUGUUGGACAGUAGGGAGAAAAAAUACGCCUGAAGUUUUUAAAUUUCGGUCUACACUAGAUUAAUAAAAAUAGAAAGGAAUUGAGCAGAACCUCAUAUAUAUAAUACGUGUAAUUAUUUUAUAUGGCAGGGAGUUUUCUUUACUUAUACCAAUGCAGAUAAGCCAACGACCCUUAUAUUAUAAUAGAAAGUAGAGUUUACUUUCAUCAGAUUAUAUAUAGUCUAACACACACAAGAAAUUUAUUUUGUGAUUGUUGAAAAUAACCAAAUUAAAUAACAAAUAAAGAACCGAAAACAAAUAUUGCAAUUAGA